CAAUCAACUCUUCUGCAAUAAUAGGAUUAGGAAAGAGAAAUCUUUUUCUUUUUUUAUUUUUUCAUUUAAAGUUGAAGUUUUUCUCAAGAUCAAAGCCGUCUUCAAUCAACCCUUCAAAUUCUACUAUAAUAGAUCCUGGAAAGAUGGUAACCAAAAAGGAUGAAGAGCGAGGCCGGGACAGCUUGCAAGAAGAGAAUAGAGAGCCACUUCUACAAGAUCAAGAGCAGACUUUGGCUGAUAGAAAAGAUGAGCAUGAAUGGAUGGUUUACUUCAGCACCUUUGUUGCUGUGUGUGGUUCUUAUUCAUUUGGAACCUGUGUGGGCUAUUCAUCGCCUGUUCAAUCUGCCAUCACAGAAGAUCUCAAUCUAUCGAUAGCAGAGUACUCAUUGUUUGGUUCCAUAAUGACUUUUGGCGCGAUGGCUGGUGCAAUUACAUGCGGGCCCAUUGCUGAUUUCAUUGGUCGCAAAGGGGCAAUGAGAACAUCAAGCGCUUUCUGUGUUGCUGGCUGGCUAGCCAUUUACUUUGCUAAGGGGUCUCUAGCUCUGGACAUUGGAAGAGUAGCAACAGGAUAUGGAAUGGGAGUCUUUUCCUAUGUGGUACCUGUAUUUAUAGCUGAAAUAGCACCCAAGAAUCUGCGAGGAGCGUUGACUACCCUAAAUCAGCUCAUGAUUGUAUGCGGUGUCUCUGUUUCCUUCAUUAUUGGGACAGUGCUGUCGUGGAGAGCUUUAGCAUUAACAGGAUUAAUUCCAUGUGCCAUUCUGAUUUUUGGUCUCUUUUUCAUCCCAGAGUCUCCGAGAUGGUUGGCAAAGGUGGGGCAACGAAAAGAGUUUGAAGCUGCAUUACAGGAACUGCGGGGCAAGGAUGCUGAUACAUCUCAGGAGGCAGCUGAAAUCCAAGAUUAUAUAGAAACUCUUCAACAGUUUCCGAAAGCCAAACUACUGGAUUUGUUUCAAACAAGAUACUUGCGCUCAGUCAUUAUUGCAGUUGGACUGAUGGUCUGUCAACAAUUGGGGGGAAUCAAUGGAGUCUGUUUUUAUGUCACCAGUAUUUUCGAGUCAGCAGGAUUUCCUUCCAAUGUUGGAACUAUAAUCUACGCAUGUCUUCAGGUUGUUAUUACUGCACUAGGUGCAACCUUAAUAGACAAAGCUGGAAGAAAACCCCUGAUACUGGUUUCUGCAUCGGGAUUGGUCCUAGGUAGUGCACUUACGGCUAUUGCAUUCUAUCUGAAGACCUAUGAAAUAGCACUGAAGGCAUCACCCAUAUUUGCUGUAACUGGCAUACUGAUUUACGUAGGAUCAUUUUCAAUAGGAAUGGGGGCUGUUCCUUGGGUUAUAAUGUCCGAGAUAUUCCCUAUAAAUGUUAAAGGAAUUGCUGGAAGCCUAGCAACACUGGUGAAUUGGAUCAUGGCAUGGGUAGCAUCCUACACUUUCAAUUAUCUCAUGAGCUGGAGCUCUUACGGUACUUUCAUUCUUUAUGGUGCGGUCAAUGCAAUAGCAAUUGUGUUCGUGGUUAAGAUGGUUCCUGAAACGAAAGGGAGAACUUUGGAACAAAUACAGGCUGCCAUCAAUGGUUGAGGAAAAAAGAGAAGGGUGAACAAUUGUUUUCGGAUUUGUUGAAGGCUUGACAACCCCAUUCAAUUUCUUAAGAGAAGGCUAAGUGUUGUAUGAUUAUUCCAAAAGAAGUUGCUUCAUGCUACAAUUUAUUUAAUUAUAUAUUUUUUUAAAUUGAUAGAUGA